AAACCAUGUAUCUCCACUAAACUUUCUGAGUUCCCAAAGUUUGUGGAUACCUUUUCCCUUCCUUUUUCCUUCUAAAAAUGGCUCAUUCCACAUUUCAAGAGAUUCCAAAACAAAAAUGAAUUCAGAAACAGAAAACAAAAACAAGGCCAUAGUGAAAACUCUUUACAAGGCAUUAGCAUGUACAUAUGGUGACACUAAAAAUGUCACCGGACUUAUUGCCGAUGACUUAGAAUGGUGGUUUCAUGGACCACAAAAUUGUCACUAUAUGAUGAAAUUGCUCACUGGAGAAAUAUCUAGUAAGAAUAAUUCUUUCAAGUUUGAGCCAAGAAGUGUAGAUGCUAUCGAUGAUCGUGUGAUUGUUGAAGGAUGGGAAGGUGCAAAAGCUUAUUGGGUACAUGUUUGGACAUUGAAAGAUGGUAUUAUUACUCAAUUUAGGGAGUAUUUCAAUACUUGGCUUACUGUGAGAAUGAGGCCUACCGGUAGGGUACGCUCUGCCACCACGUUGUGGCAGAGCCACCCUCGAGACCUCGCGAAACGUUCACUGCCAGGGAUUAUGCUAGCAAUUUGAUGGUGGUGAAUGAAUGUUUCAUGUAGUACUAUAGUCCAUUAGGGAAAUGAAAGCAGGGUGUGUUUACCUUCUUCCGUACCUAAGUGUGAAAAAAUGGAAAUGUAAGAAGUUUGCUUAUAUAUCCAAUCGAUUUUUUGAUGAAA